AUGGAUUUCACUCUGCUAGCCUUUGUAGCAGCUUUGGCUACCACUUUUCUGUUUCUCACCUUUCUGUACAACCUCUCAUUUCACAAUGGAUCAACCCGAAAACCACCUGAAGCCGGCGGCGCAUGGCCUAUAAUAGGCCAUCUCCACCUCCUCGCAUGCCCUCGGCCGCCCUUCAAAAUCUUGGGCGACAUGGCAGACAAAUACGGGCCUAUAUUCCGAAUAAGGCUGGGCGCACAUCAAGUCUUGGUGGUCAGCGACUCGCGAAUCGCCAAAGAAUGCUUUACCACCAACGACAAAGCUCUCGCUGGCCGCCCCAAGGCCUUAGCUACGGAGAUCAUGGGAUACAACUACGCCAUGUUUGGGCUUGUCCCGUACGGUCAGUACUGGCGCCAUGUCCGCAAGGUUGUCGUGCUCGAGCUGCUGUCAAACCGCCGUCUCGACGGGCUCAGGCGGGUUUGGGAAUCGGGAGUAAAAUCAUUUACCCAAGACAUCUAUAGAAGCUGGGCAAGGGACAAGAACAAUGAAUCCGAGGAUGUGAAGCUGGAGAUGAAGGAGUGGUUUGGGAAACUAAUCAUGGGUGUCACGAUGCAGAUGCUUUUGGGGCAGCAGUACGAGGAAGAAGGAAGGCGGAGUGUUGAGAUGGUGAGGGGAUUAUUUGAUCUGCUGGGGGUGCCUGUUGUGAGUGAUUACCUGCCAUGGCUAAGAUGGUUGGACAUUGGAGGACAUGAGAAGGCCAUGAAGGAGACGGCUAAAAAGAUGGAUAGUGUAGUGGAAGGUUGGCUACAAGAGCAUAAAAGGAAAAGAAAUACGAAAUCUAAACAGGAAGAAGACUUCAUGGAUGGAUUGCUGUCCAGUUUUCAGGAUGAGGAAGAUACUCCUAAAGAUUUUGAUGCUGACACAAUUGUGAAAGCUACUUGCAUGGCCGUGCUAUUAGCUGCCACAGAUACAACUACAAUAACAUUAACAUGGGCACUCUCGUUAAUAUUGAACAAUUACGGAGUGUUAGAGAAGAUUCGAGCUGAGCUUGACAUCAAUGUUGGGAGGGAAAGGCAUGUGAAACAAUCUGACCUAAACAACUUGACUUAUCUUCAAGCAGUUGUGAAAGAAACUUUGCGUUUAUAUCCUCCUAGUCCUCUCUUAUUGCCCCAUGAAUCUAUAGACGAUUGCAAUGUCAGUGGCUACUACAUCCAAAAGGGUACACGCAUAUUGGUGAAUGUUUCUAAGAUUCAUCGAGAUUCAAGUUUUUGGCCGAAUCCUAAUGUGUUUAGGCCAGAAAGAUUCUUGUGUGAACACAAAGAGAUUGAUGUUAGGGGCAAUCAUUUCGAGCUAAUUCCGUUUGGCAACGGACGGAGAAUGUGCCCGGAGAUUUCUUUAGGAUUACAAAUUGUGGAGUUGACAUUGGCUAGCCUUAUUCAUAGCUUUGACUUAAAAAGGAUUUCAGAUGAACCUAUUGACAUGACAGAGGGGAUAGGGCUAACGAAUAUGAAGGCAACUCCACUCUAUGCUCUCUUUACACCAAGCCUCCCUGCACAUCUCUACAAUUGA